AUGGAGCCAGUCACAUACUUCGCCACCUACGCAACAGUGGUCGCCACCUUUGGUUAUUAUUUAUAUACACGACAGUCUUUUGAAUAUCCCAGUUGUCGAGAGCGAUUGUUCACUAAACAAUUUUACAAACGGGCUAUCAAACACGGAUUCGACAUAGAGAGAUACAAUAAACUCGUGACAGAGGUGGAAGAAGUUCGUCGUCAGCUGGCUCGAAUUCGCGAUCCUCUGUUCCAACAUCUGCCAGUCAGCUAUCUCACAAAACUCGAAGAGGACGUAACGACCAAGGAAAACGACGCUCAGACUAAACAUUCACCGGACGGUGGUUGA